AUCAUUUGAGUUUGAUAUAUGACGAUAGUGAAAUGUUUUAUUAGCUAUAAUUUUAAUAAAAUUUUGCAGGUAAAGAAUAUGAAAUUAGAAAUUCCAACAAAAGGAGAGUGAAUAGCAGAAAGUGUUAUUUAUUCAUAAAGAGAUGUCUGUUCCAAAAAUAAAACAUGAUUGGUAUCAAACGGAGACUAAUGUUAUUGUAACAAUACUUGCGAAGAAUGCAGAACAUGUUAAAGUUAUUUACGAGGAAAAUAUGCUGAAUAUAUCUGCAAAAUUACUAUCUGGUAAUGACUACAAUUUAAAAUUAGAUUUGGCUCAUCUAAUAAUAGCAGAACAAUGUUCACAUAAAGUAUUACCAUCUAAAAUAGAGAUUAAACUAAAGAAAUUGAAUGGUAUUAGAUGGAAUACAUUAGAGAGGAAUCUAGAUGAACAAGAUGUAGUACAACCCAUAUUAAGUGAAAUACCUCAGAUAAAUAAUCAGGCGCCAAAAUAUCCAAGUUCCUGUAAAAAAUUUAGAGAUUGGGAUAAGGUAGAGAAAGAGAUAGAGAAACAAGAAGCACAGGAAGAACCAGAAGGGGAAGCAGCUGUGAAUGCCCUCUUACAACGAAUAUAUGGCAAUGGAUCUGAUGAAGUAAGACGAGCAAUGAACAAAUCUUUUGUAGAAUCUGGUGGCACAGUUUUGAGUACCAACUGGUCAGAAGUAGGUCAGGGAAAAGUUGAAAGAAAACCACCAGACGGAAUGGAAUGGAAAAUGUGGAACUCAUAAAGUUAUUUACAAAGUUUUUCGUUGCUUCUUGCAUAUAAUAAUUGCAUUCGAUCCUUAAGUACUAUACACACUAAGUAUUAUACACUUAAGUACUAUACACAUAUUCUUUACACACACACACACACACACACACACAUUCAUACAUAUAUAUAUAUAUAGAUUCAUAUAUACACAUAUAUAGAUUAUGUUAUCAAAGAAAUUAUAUUGACAAUGUUCUAUCGCCACUUAUAAAUAAUAUUUUCUCUGUAUAUGAUAAUUCAAUAA